AUAAAACAUGACCGGGAGGUGGAGGUGGUGGGGGUGAUCGGAGGGGGUACCUGUUCUCAUUAACCUGCGGUUAGUUUUUAAUCUCUUCGUGGUGGAAAAUGUUGCGAGAUGAGCUGCUGGAGUUAACAGCCUAAUUUGCACCUCGUCAAACUGUAGAUCCAAACUUACUAAAAAAAAAAAAAAAAAAACUCUGCGUGUGUGGAGUGAGGAGUUUGCGGCGCAGCACAGAUGCAGAUUUACAGCUAUAGCAUCAAACUGACAUAAGUAAUGAGGGAAAAUAAAAACACUGAGGGGGGAAAUCCAGUAUCAACAUGUGGAUGAAUGUGCGCGCAACUCGUCGACUCGUCCUCUGAUCGUUCUUACAAUUUCUAAAUAUCUAAACUUUAGAGUACAAUGAGUUAAAUGUAUAUAGGUUUAGUCGCUCGGGUUUGAGAUGUUUGAUGGAGAAAAAGUUAAAGCAGCCCAGUGGAUGGAGAAGAAAACCAGAACAUGGUGACACAUCGACGCUCCCGGAAUCCCCUCUCUGACGAGGAGGUGCAUGGUGGCGAAGUCGGGACAGUGUAUUGACAAAGUGUAUCGAAGUGGUGGCUUGGUGUAUGAGCGGGUCUGAUUACUUUGUAAAACGAGGAAGGUGUGCGUUUAAGAUGCCAAGAUAUGACCUCUGGUCCAACCUCUGCUGCUGACAUCACUCCUCCUCACGGCUCGUCGCCUCCACUUGGAGUGCCAUCAAGGUCUGAGUCUCCCGCUGUGACCGAAGGCGAUGCCUCAUCACCAUUCAUUCUCAGGCAGGCACUCAGGACAAACACACACGCACACUCUGCACACCGCUUUCAUCCCCAACUGGACAACUUUUUUUUUUAAAUAAAAGCGUGAUGAUGACAGAAGAAAGUAGGGGCAAACGAAGGAAACAAGCCAACCCAAGGAGAAAUCGAGUGGAUGCUGAGCAAGUGAGUUCACUGGGAUCUGAGGGGGAGGAUGAGGUUGGCCUGUGGAGCCUGGAGCCCCAGGACUGCCAGGAGAGCCUGGACAAGACGAGCCUGACACCUAGUGAGGGCACGGAGGAGCCCGGCAGCCCUGCUCGCUCCACCCGGCCACACAGCCUCAGCCCCGGCAGCAGGAACUACUGGGGGCAGGUGGAGCCAGAGGCCGAGGUCGCGGAGGACACCACCGCCGCAUCUGCCGCUGACAGGGAGGGAGAUCAGGACCCGUUGAGGAUGUACUGUAAGAACUCUGACUCCCAGAAUACCUUGGAGGACCUCGCCCACUAUGAAUUUCUGGCCCAUUUGAGGAAGACCUCUACCUCAGUAAGUCUCUUGGACCAUCUGAACCACAAUGGCACGUCAGCAGUGUACCACCCGGGAAGUAGGCACGAUGAGCUGCCACCUGCCAUCUGGUCACCAGGAGCUCAGCACCGCUCACCCGAGGGAGCAGAUGCAGGAAGGACCCAGCAGGCCUGUCCAUUCUGCCACAGGAUGUAUCAGCGAGGAGCUUCUUUUAGGGACCACAUCAAGUACUGUCAGGAGAGGGAGGGGGGCCACAUGGUCUGUCCGCUCUGUGGAUACACUGCCACCCUUAGGGCACAGAUGGAGCAGCACCUGGCACUUCACAACCAAAUGCAGGACAAGAGUGCCAUCACUUUGGAUCAAGCCAUGGAGACCAGGAAGUUCAAAUGUCUGCAGUGUGGGAAAGCAUUCAAGUACAAACACCACCUCAAAGAGCAUCUCCGCAUCCACAGCGGUGAGAAACCUUAUGAGUGUUCCAACUGCAAGAAACGUUUCUCUCACUCUGGCUCGUACAGCUCACAUUUAAGCAGCAAAAAAUGCCUGAGUGGCGGUGGAAACGGAGGAGGAAACACAGGAGGAACCAGUGGUGUCUUUAAUGGACAUAGCCAAAACUCCUACCACCACUCAUUUCCAAUAUCUCCCUCUGCAGGCGGGGGGAGAAACAGUAAUGACAAGGGCUCUCCGAUGGCCUCACAGACCCAAGAUAACAACAGGCCUCUGGGUCGAGUACUAGAGGAUCCUCACCAACUUUCACUGCAGGACCUCAACCCCACAGGCUUCCCCAGAGCUUCAGAUCUGGCUCGGCUCUGGGACCCCUCAGCAGAGCUCUCUCUGAGGGAAAGUAUACUAAAAGGGACCACCCUUCUGCCUUAUCUGCACCCUGGGACCAAGUUUGAGCAGAUGCUGCAGGAGAUGCUUCACAGGGAGGAGAAGAAAGAGGAGGAGACAGAUAGAGAAGGAGGAGGUGGAGCUGCGAUGGAGGAAAGGAGGUUUAUUUACAAUGGAGACAGGAAGGUGUCACCUGACAGGAGAAAAGAGGCAGUGGGGUCAGGUGAAGGGGAAAGAGGUGUGCUUGGCGUGACGUGUCGUUGGUGCUCCCAGCUUUUCCCCAAUGCGGCGGUGCUCCAGCAGCAUGAGCGCUACCUCUGCAAGAUGAACCGUGAGGCGGUGGAGGUGCCUGAGGGUCUUCGCAGCAAAGACCAUCACUCGCCACCUUUAUUCUUCCCCAGAUCUGCCCUCCAACCAGAGAACAGCAAACCGAGCAAAGUAACCAACGGCCUCUCUGGAAGCAAAUCACCAUUACAGAAGCCCAGCUGGCACUCCGUACCACAGCAACUUUUGGUCGCAAUGCACUCUCCCCCACAGCCCCACCAUGACGCACUGCCCUCACGAGCGUACUGGCCCCGCCAGGAAAAGGGAAGCCCAAGCCAGCCAAUAAACCGCUCCCCAGAGCUGUCAUCACCUCGCGCCAGAAGGAGAGUUCCCUCUUCAGGAUUCGGUUCUCCGGUCUGCCUUGACCUCACCAGCUGUCCUCCUGAACUCUCUUCCCCUCAGAACCAGACCAGCAGCCCUUGGUCACAAAAUGAACCUCUGGACCUCUCCCUGCCCAAGCAGCUGUCAGACCAAGAAGGGAGAAACAAAACUUUAAAUGGAAACUCAGCCAGAGGAGAGAGGAAAGAACUCGGGACCCAGCAGAUUAGGAGGCCAAGUCCAACUUCACAUCUACCCCUUCACCACCACCCGGUCUACAGCGGGGCUGGAGCUCCUGUGUUUCCAGGUCCCUUAUACAAUGGAUUUCCCAUCUUUAACCAGUCUGGUUUGGGGCUUUCAGGGCAUGAUGGCAUCACAGCGAUUCCAUUCGGCCAGCCAGCUAACACCCCAGGGUUUCUUUCUCCAAUGGCUUACAUGAUGGAGGUAGAUGCAGAGGCAGCGCUAAAAAAGAUCCACCAGGAGAGACAAGCUCUGAUGGGUGAGGUGUUAAGCCGUGGAGCUCUGGACUACCUCUCUCUCAUGGACGAUGGACUUGACGGGGACGGAGGGCCAGGGAGGAAGAGACUGAAGAAGACAGACGAGGGACUUUACGCUUGUGACAUUUGUGAAAAAACCUUUCAGAAGAGCAGCUCUCUGCUCCGACACAAAUACGAACAUACAGGCAAGCGUCCUCAUGAGUGCAAGAUCUGCAACAAGGCCUUCAAGCAUAAGCACCAUCUGAUUGAGCACAGCCGGCUGCACUCUGGAGAGAAACCCUACCAAUGUGACAAGUGUGGCAAACGCUUCUCUCACUCUGGCUCGUACUCUCAGCACAUGAACCACCGCUAUGCUUACUGCAGCAAAGACCAGGAUCCAGACCAAGACCACGAGGAGAUGCCUCUCACCCCGGGGACAGGCAACAAUCUCGGGGGACGUCUCGCUGACGAGACCCCUUUGUCCAUGGAGGAUACCCAAACUCCACACUCCUUCCUCAGCGAUUCCAGUCUGGAUGGAGCUGUCCUCAAGGAGGAGGAGGAAGAGGAGGAAGAUAGAGAGGCAGGAGUCAGCGAAGAGGCACAUCUGAGUUUGUCAGGAGCGGCAGAGGAGCUGAGAGGUAGCCCCAUCCAAGAAUCACCAACGGGGGAGAACGGAGUGCAAACUGAGAGAAACAGUUACAAUGUGGGAAACCAUACUGACAAUGCAGAGAGACAAUUCUGGGACCGAGACACUCAGGACCAGAAUGGGGACUUGGACAAAUGUGAACUGAGCCUGGAUAUAACAGAUUUACCCAGAAUAAAAACUUAAGGUGACUUUAACAAGCCAAUACAAUGCAUAUACGAUAUAUAUUAAGACUUUUGAUACAUUUUUUUUUCUCAUAUAUAUAACAGCACCACUGAUUUUUUUAAAACUCAUUUUACAUGAAAAAUGCACAGAACUGCUAAAGCUUAAACGGCCUUAAAGUGGAUGAAGCCAUACAAACAAAAUAUAUGUGAUAAUACAACGUGCAGUAUUUUACCACAGAACAUAGACUUGAUGUACCUAAAGUGUUUUUUUUUUAAAUUAAUUUUCUUAUUUUAAUCUUUUUUUUUUUGGUUGUUUAUCAGGACAGCUACAAACAUUUGGGUUGCCUCAUCUGAAGUCAUGUCACGUAUCCAGAUGUGAUAUGCAGAAAUCUCACUUUACUAUGUGCUCGCUGCUGUGGCUGUUGCACAACCCGUAAAGCAGAGGCCUUUGCAAUUUUACAUCCAGAAUUCAGUUGAUUUUUUUUUUUUUUUAACAUUUUUUUUUAACUUUGUAAGUAGAUGACAAGGCCCAGAUGGACAGUUACUUUAACAUGCCGUCAAAGUUGGAGGUUAAAUGUUACAGAUACAUGCUCAGUUAGUAUAUUUAUUCUUCUUAUUCAUUCAGUUUUCACUAUCCUGUGGUUUUUAUUUGAUACAAGUCUUUACCUCUAUUUGAUGAACAAUAAUUUGUAAAAUGUCUUAAAUGAAAGUACACACAUGCAGCUAUUACUUUGUCCUAAAGCCAGAGAGGGCUUGAGAAUAUAUAAAAGUAUUUGCUGCCAGAACAUUAAUCAUUUAUGCUGUGAAAUCACAUGGUACAACCAACUCAUCUCUUCAGGUUAUGGUGCUCAGUGGCUUUAACUAAUCAGCAAUAUAUUUAGUAGUUUAGAGCAAGCAGUAGAAAGAGGAAGAACUGGAAGGUGGUUGUUUAUUUAUUUCUUAAACAAAAAAGCAGAGGACUGCACCUUUUUUAACUGUAUGUCUUGCUAAGGGACAGUCAUUUCUGUAUGGGUGGUUAAAAGGGGCAAAAGAGGAAGUCAGUCUUUGGGGGGUUUCUUUGAGGGAGCAAAUAAAACUUGCACUGUCUCAUUGUUUGUCUAAUAGUCACACAGAGCUGCUUUGUUUCACUUAUUGCUAAAAUAUCUCCUAUUCCUCGUAAUAAUCUACAUGUGCUAUGGCCUUUUUUUUUUUUUUCUCGAUAAUGUGUCACACCUAUUGGCUGUCUGUUGAGGUGCGACAAGGGUCAAGACUCAGGACACAUACAUCAGCUUUUAACUUCCUCUUUCCGACUGCACUGUAGUCAACGUGAAAAGUGCCUCAGAUGUACUCAGACACUGUGAGUAAUACGACAAAGCCAUGGUACGACGAGAUAAGACGGUGGUGCAUGAGGUGUGACUAAGCUUGUAGCAUUUAUGCAUACCAUGCACCAAAGACACUUCUUGGUCAUAAUGUGUGUGUGUGAGUGUGUGUGUUUAUCACCAAAGAUAUGCAUAUGUGACACGCCAACUGCCACUCUACUCUUGCAUAGUUCCUUACCUGUUA